ACUGCCUCCAUCUGGUUUGCUUUAAAAGUUUCUCAACUUCACGGGGAAAAAAGAAAAAAUGAAGAGUUAUCGAUCCAAAAAUCCCCACGACGAAGGUUGCGUGUAUAUCAACUGAUUUGUUAAUUUCACUUACUAUUCCACUUUAUUGUCCCCAAAACUACGACACUAUGACGGUCUGUUAUUAAACAUCGUUUCCAACAACUUAUCAAACAUCAUCAUCUCCGUCGAUAUCAUUCGUGUAAAAACCGCCGCCAAACCAACCACCAACGACUAGAACAAUGACAACUAUACCACAAAGACCCCGGAAAUAACAAGAUCGGUUAGAAAGCGUGCGAUAACUGAAAAAGCAGAUGAUGUAAUGUUUACAUUUAAAAAGCUACUUCCGAGUUCCCAAUGAUCUAAAUUAUUCCCAUAAAAAUUUUGAUAUGUUCUUGUUUGAUCUAAUUUCCAAUUUUAUCCAGAAAUGUCAAAUUUUUCCCUAAUUUCUCUUAAUUUUUGCUAAUUUUUUCUAAUUUUCGUCUAAUUUUCCAUUAUUUUCAGAUAUUUUCUUAGUUUUCUGGGAUUUUCCAAAAUUUCGUAUUUUUCAGAAAUCUUUAAUCUUUCUGGAUUUCCGGACCGUUUUCCUAAUUUUAGACGAAGGCAACACCAGAAAAGAGUGGGAUAUCCCUCGCUUUUUUCUUUGUUUCACCCUUAGGUUGCGUGUAUAUAAACUGGUUUGAAAAUUUCACUUUCUAUUCCACUUUAACUUUAUUGUCCUUAAAAGGACGACACCAUGACGGUCUGUCAGCAUCGUCCUCUCUUUUUGUUGCUGAUCUUUAGCUGCCUGUCUCUUCACGCUUUCGGUAGCCGAGUCAACAUAACCAACAACGGCUAUCGGGAUAUCGUCGUAGCGAUUUCACCUGAUGUCAAACCAGAUCAAGCUGGCGAUUUAUUAGAUAAAAUCAAGUUAUUAAUCACUGAAGCUUCAGCUGUUUUGUACGGAGCAACGCGGAAUCGUUCGUACAUUAAAUCGGUGAACAUUUUGAUCCCUCAGACGUGGGAAAGUGUCACAGCCAACGCUAGUACAUGGGAAAAUUCGCAAGAUGCCGAAAUUCAAAUUGACCUUCCGAACUGGAAAUAUGGAGACAAGCCAUACACCGUCCAAUUGGGCGGAUGUGGUGAUCCUGGCGAAUUUAUUCACCUGACGCCCAACUAUGUCAUGAAUUUCGAUUCGGAAUUCAACACAUUUGAGUUUGGACCAGCAGGCAAGGUUAUCGUAAGAGAAUGGGCUCGGCUGCGUUACGGAGUAUUUGAAGAGCACGGCUACACGGGCGAUGACUCUGCUUUCCCAAUGUUCUACCGGGCAGCGCCUGCCCAACAAAAAACGGCCAGUUCAGUGCCUAAUGUGUGCUCCGACCAGCCCAUUGACUUUACUUAUGAUUAUGGUUGUCAUGUCGAUCCAAAAACGGGUCUCUACGACACAAAUUGCACCUACAGUUUCACCGACCAGUUCAAACCAGGAUCGUCCAUCAUGUCUGAUCAUCGGAUGCUUUCUUCGGCGAUGCAUUUCUGUGACGACGAGGAAUCCAGUGUUCACAAACACAAUCGAGAAGCACCAAACAAGCAAAACGCAGUUUGUGACAUGCAAAGUGUCUGGUCGGUGAUUUCACGUCACGCUGAUUUUGCUGGAAACAAUAAUUUGCCAACCAACAUCGCCAAUUUGAAGCCAACAUUUAAUGUCGUCCGAGUUUUGAAUGGAGCUCGUUACGUGCUAGUUACUGACGUGUCAGGCAGCAUGGACGAUCAUAAUCGCAUUGGGAGAUUGUACGAUGCAGCUCGUCGUUGGAUUCAGUAUGAUAUUCCUGAUGGAACUUCGUUAGGAAUCGUCAAGUUCCACUCGGAUGCGACGGUGCUAAGUAGCAUGACUAUUGUAAAGAAUGAAACACGACAACAAUUGAUGAACAAAGUUCCAAACGAUACGGAGGGCAUGACAUGCAUCGGUUGUGGUCUUCAAAGGGCGAUUGAUAUCUUGAAGCCUGGCGGGAAUGGAGGCGUCAUAGUGUUAGUGACUGACGGCGAACAAAAUGUACAUCCGUUCAUUAAUGAAGUAACUCCCCAACUGACUUCCGCUCAAAUUCGAGUUGUUUCGAUUGCUUUUGGACGCUACGCUGAAAAUGAAGUCGAAAAUUUGGCGACACAAACCAACGGGAAAAGUUAUUUCAUCAAUGACAAGGGCAGUAACGACGAACUAAAUGAUGCUUUCAAAGGAUCAUUAGCCUUUUUACCGGCAGUACAAUCAAAGAACUUGAAUGUUCAGUUGUUCCAGAAAAAAUACCAAAACGGGAAUAAAUUCGAAGAUUCGGCCAUUGUCGAAUUCACCGUCGGCCGAAACCUCACCUUCCUCGCAGAAUACACAGACAGAAAUUACUUGCAGAACUUCACCGUCAAGUCAAAAAGUGGUGAAGUGUACAACACCGUGAUUUAUGACAAUGCCGCUAAACUGGCUUACAUCGAGAUUCCUGGCAUUGCCGAAGAAGGUGCAUGGACUUUCUCAUUGACCGUUGGUUCCAGUACAAAAGACUAUGUCAAUGUAAUCGUCAAGUCGAAGUCGAGAUCCAGUUCAACGCCCCCAAUCACCGUGGAAUGUUUGGUACCUAGUGGAAUAGUCGUCGUGGAUGCUGGCGUUACACCUGUCCGGCUGGUGGCUGUCGUCCAACAAGGGCGAAAUCGUGUAAUCGGUGCCAGCGUUCAGGCUCACGUGCAAAAACCUGACAAUACUCUUCAAGUGAUUGAUCUGGUGGAUACUGGAGUCGGAGCCGACACAACUGAGAGCGACGGUAUAUAUUCACGCUACUACCUAGAUCUUUCUGGCGCAGGGCGUUACACUGUGGUGUGCGUCGUCAACAGCACUGAGUCAUCCUAUAUCGAUGACGGUAUGGGCCAGCUGCAGCAUACUUCAACGGGAGAAUUCAAUCGAGUCGAAUCUGGUGGAACGUUCAGGGUUGAAAAGCCUGUAACGCGAUCUAAUUCUUAUCCCCCAAGCCGAGUCACAGAUUUAAAAGUCGUCGCUAUGGAGGUUGAUAGUAUGUCGCUGACAAUCGAGUGGACGGCACCUGGACAAGAACUGGAUAGCGGAACUGCAACUGAGUAUCAGAUCAAAUAUUCUGAUGUAUUCGACAACCUAUUGGAAAAUAACUUCGGUUCCAAGCCUGUGAAAUUCGAACAGAAGGACGUCCUCAGCGGUAGUCUGCAACCUCUUAAAUCGGGUAGCAAACAACGUGUGUCACUUGCUCUUCCGGAUACGAUUGAUCCCGUGACGUACUACAUCGCUCUGAGAGCCACUAACAAGAGGAACGUUGCGAGUAACACUUCCAACGUCGUAUCUGUCCAACUAGCUUAUAUUAUACAGCCGCCAACCCAAGCAUCAAAAGCGGAUCCAACCCCAGCCAUGUCCUCUACCUCCGACACCCAUAAUGUGUCCUCUACGGAAAAAUCAAGUUCAUCGUCAUCUUCCACCGCCAGUAUUCGCGGGUUUACCAAGCCAAACACCAUUUUGUCUCCCGAGUUUUUAAGCUCAGCUGGAAGCAGUGGACUAAAGUGCUCCAGUGAUCUGCUUAUUUUCCUUCUAUCUGCUCUUUUGAUAUCGAAAGUCCAUUCGAUUAUAUCGAGUUGGAUCAAUCGUGACUGAGCUGUUGAAUUUCCCAGAGAAAUAUUAACGAAGUUA